CCCACCCCCGGGCUCCCCUCUGCCUCCCCCCGGCUCCCCGCUCAGCCCGGCACCGCCAUGGGCGGCGGGGCGGCGCGGCCCCGCUGAGCCCCGGCAACCCGGACGCACCGGCAUCCCGGGAACUCGGUAUUCCACGGCAUCCCGGCUCCUCCGUAAACCAGUGUUCCGGCAUCCCGGCAAUUCGGCUCUGCAGCAUCCCGGCUCCUCCGUAACCCAGUGCUCCAGCGUCCUGAGAACCGAGCUCCACGGCAUCCCAGCUUCUCCGUAACCUGGUACUCCGGCAUCCCGGGAACUCGGCUCUGUUGCAUCCCAGCAUCCCGGGAACUUGGUAUUCCGACGCCUCGGGAACUCAAUUCCAUAGCAUCCCUGCCCCUGGGAACUUGGCUCUACUGAUCCCAGCUCCUCCGAUAAUCCCUUACUCUAGCUCCCUGGAAACUCAUACCCGCAGCAUCCCGGCUUCCCUGUAGCUCCCUACUCCUGGCACCCCAGCGCAGAGUACACCUCGGCUCCCCGGCACUCCGGCUUACUCUUAAGCCAGUUCCCCGGGCUCCCCUGUAACUCAGAGCCCCCCGUUUCCCCGCUCCCCGGUACCCCAGGACCUUCUCUCCCCACUAACCCCAGUCCUCCCAGCACCCCAGCCCCACCGUAACUCCGCUCCCUGACACCCGCGCUCCCCCAGGACCGCGACCAUGGCAUUCAUGGUGAAGAGCAUGGUGGGGGGGCAGCUGAAGAACCUGACGGGCGGCUUGGGCGGCGAGGAGAAGAGCGAGGGCGAGAAGUCUCCGGCCGAGGCGCAGGGCAUGACCCGUGAGGAGUACGAGGAAUAUCAACGGCAGCUGGUGGAGGAGAAGAUGGAAAGAGAUGCCCAGUUUGCCCAGCGCAAGGCGGAGAGAGCCACAUUCAGGUCCCACUUCCGAGACAAGUACAGGCUCCCCAAGAACGAAACAGACGACAACCAGAUCCAGCUGGUGGGAGGCGACGUGGAGCUGCCCAAAGAGCUGGCCAAGAUGAUCGAGCAGGACAACGAGGAGGAGGAAGAGAAGAACUCGGUGAUCGGCCAGCUCAGCAACAUCCAGAACCUGGACCUUGAUUCCUUGAAAGACAAAGCUUCAGCCACACUAGAGGACCUGAAGCAAUCGGCUGAGAAAUGCGCCGUGAUGUGACCUGGCUGGACCCUCCCCCCCCCAACCCCCGUCAAGGUGAUGGUGGGGGCAGAAGGGAGGGGACGCAGCGAAGGGUCUUGGCGGUGGCUGUUGCCUGCAGCGGGGACCCCCGCUGGUGUUGUCACCCUUGCCUUGAUGUGAGUCGGGUCCUUCUGAGCCGUGUUGAAGCCCCGAGUCCCUGACCCAGCUGUCCCCGGUGUGUGGUUUUUCGUUUCCUUCUCCGCUCUUGAGGCCAGAGCAAAAAGCCAGCAUGUCCCCCCCCGCCACCCCCCGUGCACCGACGCCUCCUCCUGUGCCCGUGGCAGUGGGUGUCUUUAGCGAGAGCUGGGGGGCGGGUGAGUUUGGAGGGAAGGAAAGCCCCAAGUGACCUUGGCGUGUUAUUGAAGCACAUCGGCAGAAGGCAAAGGCUCUUCCAGCGGAGCGGCGGCUGUACGCCCCGUCUCUGCCUACACGUUUUCACCGAGCCUCCUAGAAAUGACGGGGGAGGCUCCAAUUCGCUUUGCAAGGACGAGGCGCAACGAGAAAUGCCCCCCCCCCUCGCCUCCCCUGUCCCCAUCACGCGAGAAAUAACAUCCCACCCGUGCAAGAAACACCGGCCGCUUUGCCCUUGAGGGCCCCUCUCUGAGGAAGUGGCCAGGAAAGGACCUGCUAUAUGAUCCCAUCCAGCUCGGGACCAGAGGGAUAAAGCCCGAAUUAAUGCCAGGGAAGAAUAACCUGCCCCCGCUUCCCAUUGCUCAUCCCAACCCACCACAGCCCUUUUCCCCGAGCAGCGGUGGCACGCUCUCCGUCUCCCAGGGUGAGAUCCACUCGUGUCCGCGUCCCUUCCAGGAGAAAAACAAAGUGAGAAGGGAAAAAAAACGUCCUCCCCUGUCGUGCUGUAGCUCGUGAGCUGUGUUGCGUGUCUCCCCACCUCCUAUGCUCUCCCCGUGCCGCGGUACUGUUAUAACCGGUGGAAUAAAUACCAGGAGAUGUCUAUGCA